AUGAUUGGACCUUCUGACAGUGGAAAAACAGCUAUAGCAAAUUUUUUAUCCGAAUCAAUUAAUGUCGAAGAGGUCAACAGUGCCAGACCGACUCAAGGUGUUCGUAUUGUAGAAUUUGCACUGUCUCAUUUAAAUAUAAACGAAAAACAAUGUAAAGUGGACAUAGAAAUGUGGGACUGCAGUGGUGAUCACAGAUUCGAAUCAUGUUGGCCUGCAUUUCGCCUUCGUGUCCAAGGUGUUAUCCUUGUCUGCUCUUCCAAUACAGCUAAUGUAGCAGCACGAGAAUUGGAACUUCUGUACAAUUAUUUUGUAAGCCAAGCGAAAUUGUCACCUAAACAAUGUGUGGUCUUCUAUAACUGUACCGAUGACCAGGAAGAUAUCGAGUCUUUAAAUCUGUCUUCAACUUUUUCAAAAAUAUCUCAAGUCGCUGUUAAUUUAAAAUCGGGAGGAAACCGGUUAAAAAUAGACUUCUCAAACUUUGUCACUUCAAUUUUACAGACUUUAUAAAUAAAAUUAAGGAUGUAUACAA